AGAUAUUUACUUUUUUUUUUUUUUAAUCGCUAAACUUACACACUAUAGGGAUUGAACCCAUCACCUCCUACUAUUCUACACCUUAUCUAACUCACCAACACCAUUGGGCUAUCCCCAAUCGAUAACCAGAUAUUUACUUACAUCACAUUUGGUUGUGAAGAUAGGUGGUCACUAUACAGUACUGAAAAAGAUGGCGCAAUCAAACACGAAGAUCGUGUGCGUAACCGGCGGCAGUGGCUUCAUCGGCUCGUGGCUCGUCCGCCUCCUACUGGACCGCGGCUACACCGUCAACGCCACCGUUAAAGAUCUCAAGGACGAAAAGGAAACAAAGCAUCUAGAAGCGUUAGAAGGUGCAGAAUCGCGUCUCCGAUUGUUUCAAAUCGAUCUUCUGGAUUAUGACUCUAUUGUCGCGGCUGUUACCGGCGUAACCGGUGUGUUCCACGUGGCUUCUCCUUGCACCGUUGAUAAAGUUCAUGAUCCCGAGAAUGAGCUAUUGGCACCUGCAAUCAAGGGUACAAUCAAUGUACUGACAGCAGCAAAGGAGCUGGGAGUUAAGCGCGUGGUUGUCACUUCAUCUGUUUCAGCCAUUGUGCCUAGUCCUUCCUGGCCGUCAGAUGUCCCAAAGAACGAGGAUUGCUGGACCGAUGAAGAAUUUUGCAAGCAGAAGGAGUUGUGGUAUCCACUCUCAAAAACACUAGCUGAGAAAGCUGCAUGGGAUUUUUCUAAAGAGAAAGGUUUAGAUAUAGUUGUGGUGAACCCUGGAACAGUAAUGGGCCCCAUUCUUCCUCCAACAAUUAAUGCAAGCAUGCAGAUGAUUCGUCUUCUUAUCCAAGGAUGUACGGAUGAAUAUGAGAAUUUCUUCAUGGGCGCUGUUCAUGUUAAAGAUGUGGCGCUAGCUCAUAUAUUGGUGUAUGAAAAUACAUCAGCAACAGGAAGACAUAUGUGUGUUGAAUCCAUCUGUCAUUAUGGUGAUUUCGCCGCUAAGGUUGCAGAAUUAUACCCCACGUAUAACAUCCCCAGGUUACCAAAGGACACCCAGCCGGGGUUAAUGAGAUCAAAGAAGGGAGGUAAGAAGCUCAUGGAUUUGGGGCUUGAGUUCAUCCCUAUGGAGCAGAUUAUCAGGGACAGUGUUGAGACUUUGAAAGCCAAAGGCUAUCUAUCUUGAAUGGCGUUAGAAACUAUUGGGUAUUUAAGUGAUUGUUGUUGUGUGCCCUGUUUUUGGUUUUAUGACGUGUGUGUCACAAGAAUGCCAGUUUGCCUUUAAUAUGUGACUACCUAGGAUUUCUCCUCUUAAAAUCCCUUUUUUGUUUUCUUCUUCA